AUGGGAUCAGAACUCGGAAUCACCCCAGAGUCUAAGCCGCAGGCCGCAUACACCCCAGUCAGCAUAUGGUGGGCAUGCUGGGCCGGCGUGUGGACUACCGCUGUGGUGCUGGGCAUGAUCUAUCUCAUCGCCAAUCGCAACAUGCCGACUCUCCGAAUACGCGGCCUUGGUCUCUCGCUAUCAGCGAUCGUCCUCCUUCAUUUGUAUUGGGCGUCUGUCCAAUUCGGGGUUAUGAUCGGUGCCAUCAUGCCAGGAGACGCCCAGUACUGGAUCAUGGGCACCUAUUUGCCCUGCGGAAUCGCCCUAUUCCACGCUUCCAACAGCCGAUUCCUCCACGUCGCAAAGCAUCAGCGGAAAUAUGCCCAUCAUGAUAGCCGCCUCACGGAAUCCCUUCCCGAUGAGAAGCCCAAAGGCGGUUUGUUUGGCCGCUUCCGCCGACUCGAGUAUACCAAACGGAUCGUCAUUCUCGUUGGUAUCGCCAUGGUCGUUCAGAUUUUCCUUACCGUCCUGAUGUGGGUGAUUUCCCGCAAGUGGCACAGCUCUUGGGGAAUCCCCGGCACUGAGGUUACGGGUACUCCGAUGGAGCAGGCGACGGAACAGGGCCGAGGCUGGGAAUGGUGGCCUGGUGUGUUUUGGCAGUUCUUUUGGGCCUGGUUUGUUGCUCCCGUUGUUCUCUGGAAAUCUCGCCAUAUCCAUGAUACCCAAGGCUGGCGAGUUCAGACAAUUGGUUGCGCUGUCGCCAACCUCCACGCUACCCCGAUGUGGCUCAUCGCUCUCUACGUUCCGGGCAUGGAAGUGGUCAACCAGUACUGGAUUCCUCCGCAGUGGAUUUGCUUAUCCAUUUGGAUCAUGGAAAUAUUCACCGUCUUUCUCCCCUGCUGGGAAGUAAUGCGCCACCACGCUCUCCGCCAGGAGACGUUCAACGCGAUUGAGCAGUGGGAGUCAAAAAUGAAGUCGUCUGGCUCAGAAGCCAGGUCCCUCAGCUCCAUCCCUACCAUGGUCGAAUCCAUGAUGUCCGGCUGGAAAUCCACCAACGGCUCUGUCGAUACCACCGGCUCUCGCGACAGUAUCCUAACCAUGGGUGCCCUGGAACAUGUCUUGGAACGCAAUCCCGCUCCUCUUCAGAAGUUCUCCGCCCUCAACGACUUUUCCGGCGAGAAUGUCGCCUUCCUCACCAGCGUUGCCGAAUGGAAGAACUCGUUGCCCAAGGCACUCCGAGAUAGCACUACCCCCAUAGAUGACAACAUGAAGGAAUUGCUUCACGAACGUUUCAACCGCGCAUUGCACAUUUACAUCAAGUUCAUCAGCGUCAGUCACGCCGAGUUUCCCGUGAAUAUUUCUUCCCAGGAUCUCCGAAAACUCGAAAACAUCUUCGAAGGGCCUGCUCGUGCCCUGUACGGCGAGAAGCGCGCUGCUGUCGAUCCUGUCACUCCUUUCGAAGCCCCCAGUUUCCCCAUGAAAACUCUUUCCUCGCCCAGCUCCGCAAACGGCUCCCAGGUCGCGCUCCACCAAGUGUCCUCAGAUGACCGCGUGCAAUUCUGGGGUGAAGUCCCGGAGAGUUUCGGGCCAACUGUCUUUAACGACGCCGAGAAGAGUAUCAAGUAUCUUGUUCUCACCAACACAUGGCCCAAGUUUGUCAAGAGCUGUAGAACCCCUGCUGCUUCUAUCAAGGGGGAGGCUGUCUGA